AGUUCCCAUCGAAUUUGAUUUUGCGUCAACUUCAAAGUGAUAACUAAAUGCACAGAAGGUCCAAAAUUCGUUUAGUGAUAUAAGAUAACAUGAAAUCAUUUAAAUUAUUGUGAAAAAUUCUCGUUAAUGUACUUUUAUCGUAAUUGCGUAUUGGAAAAUAAGUAUUAAAGUGUAUAACUGGGCAUAAUCUAUAAGUAAUAGCGGAAUAUAGUUCGAAGCUAAGAAAUGUGUAAGCCUUGCAUCCCAUGUAGCAUACCAGAAGGAGCGUGCCAUCCUUCAAUGCCCUAUGAGCCAUUAUAUCCAUGCAUUCCUUGCCAGCCAUCUAUCCCUUAUCCGCCGAUAUUUCGGCCGAUUCAGAAAACCCGAAAGCAAACUAAGAAAUGCUACCAACCUCCUCAAUCAAAGCGUUGUCAGCCCCCGAUCAAAGAAUGUCGUAGCUGCGAAAUCCGUGGAAGUAUCUUAUAUACAAGAUGUGAAUGCAUCAGACGCAAUGGCUUGCAACAAGAUUGUCCCCGUCGAUUGUGUCAGGGAAAACCUUGUUGUUUAACGACUCCAGACCCACGGUGUUGUCCUGCAAAGCAUGCCAAACGAUUACUAACAUUUCCACCAAGGAGCAGAGUGGGUCCUUGUCGUCCAGAGUCAAUGCCAACCUUUCCUAUAUGCAUGCCUUGCACCCCACCUUCGCCUGAGGGACCUUUCUUCCCAUGCCAGUGGUGAAUUGGUUUUGUAAUGUGGAAAGUAUUGAUUUAGAAAAUUGGAUGUAUUAACUG